GUCAGAGAACAAACAUGGCACCCCCCAUGGGAAACCUUUCUGUUCACGUCGCCUACCAAUACACGAAUUAUGGGAAAUGGUCUGCAAUUAGAUUACUUAAUACUACAAAGUCAGUUGUUCAGCGUGCAUCAACUGGGCUAUCGAAAGAACAGAAGGAGAAGCUUGCAGAUGGACCGGAGCUAACAGAAUUCAUUUCCGGAUCCCCAAAAGUGUUGGACGAUUAUAGCGACUAUUCAGGAAAACUUAAAAAGGAUGGAAAAGAAAGGUUGCGACUUCCUCCUUGGUUGAAGAGAGAGAUACCUGUUGGAAAAAAUUACAAUAGGCUAAAGAGCUCUUUGCGCCGGCUGAGUCUAAACACAGUAUGUGAAGAGGCUAAUUGUCCCAAUGUUGGUGAAUGCUGGGGAGGUAAAGAAGGAGGUGUUGCAACAGCUACUAUAAUGCUUCUAGGUGACACGUGCACACGAGGCUGCCGUUUCUGCUCAGUAAAGACCGCCCGUGCGCCACCGCCACCCGACCCUGACGAACCACGCCACACGGGAGCGGCAGUGGCUGAGUGGGGACUUGACUACGUUGUCCUGACGUCAGUCGAUCGUGAUGAUUUGUCAGAUGGAGGUGCGGUACAUUUUGCUGAGACAGUUGUACAACUAAAGAAACAUAAGCCUGAGAUUCUUGUGGAGUGUUUAACACCAGACUUUGCUGGCAAUUUAAAGCUUGUUGACAUCGUGGCGAACUCGGGCCUUGAUGUUUACGCACACAAUAUUGAGACAGUAGAGAGACUGACACCAUUUGUUAGAGAUCCCAGAGCGAAAUACAAACAAUCAAUGGCUGUGUUGAGGCACGUGAAAGAAAGCGAUUCCAAUAUGAUUACAAAGACAUCCAUAAUGCUGGGGCUAGGAGAAAGUGACAAGGAGGUGUCACAGACAAUGAUGGAUCUUCGUGAUGCUGGUGUUGACUGUCUCACUCUAGGACAGUACAUGCAACCUACUAAACGCCACCUAAAGGUGCAAGAGUAUGUUACACCGCAGAAGUUUGAAUAUUGGGCGGACGUUGGUGAUAAGAUGGGGUUUGCCUACACUGCUAGUGGGCCACUAGUCAGGUCAUCAUACAGAGCAGGGGAAUUUUACAUCAAAAACCUAAUCGAGGGAAGAAAGAAGGCCCCAUUACCAGAAGCACCAGCCAAGUAAAGCAGUCCGAUUGGUUGCCAUGAUUUAUGAUGUAUGUAAAUGCAGAACAAUAGCAGAGCAUCAUUGCAGAGUAAGUGAAAGAAAAGCGAAUGCUGGCUGCUACGUUCGUAGAAUUUUAGACUACAAAACAGUUUGUUUAUAAUGAUUGUUUUUAAACCUGUUGAAAUAAGAUUACUUAUAAGUUUGUUAUAUAAAUAGUUACUUGGCGAAUAUGUCAAUUUCAUUUGAAACCUCUAACCUGGUAUUGUGCCAAAUUUAUUAACUAAUGGGAAUGACACAAGAAAUCGUUAAAUCAUAAUCCUAUUGGGAUAACAAGGUAUUAUGUGGCAAUUACACUUCUGCAUGCUUAAAAUAGUGAAGUAAAUGAUAAUAUAAUAAGAGAACAAGUUAAUAAUGUAUAAUAUGAGUAUUGAUAUAAUAAGAGUGUUGUUGUUACCAGAAUAUGCAAGUCUAAUAACAUACAUUAACCAAUUCUAUUUCACAUCUAAGCCCCAGAUCAUGACUUGUUUUUAUUUUUCAUACGUUCAGUACAUUAUACAUCAACCGUCAAUAGCAACGGAUCAAUAUCAUUGGUUGGUGCCUAAAGGUGAUUUGCUGGGUGUUGCUGGCAAAAUACAGCUUCACAUUGGGAAAAUAAGUAUACUUUGCUGUACUCCUGUUAUAUUUCCAAGAGUGAAUUGUUAACCAUCCAACGUCACGUCCAAUAAAAUACAGAUGCAAUUUCA